AUGCAGCAACCCCCACCUCCGAAACGUGCCGGUCUUAGCCGCCAACCACCCGCUCAGCCCUCGCCCGUAUCCUCUGCAUCCUCGUCGGUCUCGAACGGCACCAACGGUUCCCUUCAGCAAACCGCCAAUGGCACGCCUGCAUCUACCAACUCCGCAACGCCAUCCAAGGGCCAGAUACACGUCAAGCUGAUCCAGGCCCGCGGGCUGAACGUCCGUUCUGCCAAUUCGCGCCCGUACGUCGUGGUGCAAUUUGAGCAGAACGAGUUUGUCAGCCGCGAUCCUACCGACGAGAUGGACAAGGAGGUCCGCGGCAUUGCGACUAAUCUUUCCCGCAACUCUUCCUCGAGUGCGAUCAGUGCACUUGGUGCGCUGAACAAGGCAAACCCCGCCAGCCGGAACGGCAGCGCGAAGAACAGCCUCUCGAGCUCACCGUCGUCCACGAGCAGCGCGCUGAAAGCCGGGCUGUUUGGGACCCGGAUCUCAGCCCCGAACCCGGUGUGGAAACACGAGGUAUCCUUCGAUGUCACAUCGGACCUGUCAGUCAUCACUAUCAACGUGUACGACCGAGCUGCUAUCGACCCAGGUUUCCUGGGCACGGUGCAAAUCAAGCCGGUGCUCGUGCACGAGCACACCGUCGAUGACUGGUACAAACUGCGUCCUUUUGAGAACGAGCCUGUGAGCGGGGAGAUGCGCGUUCAGGUCACGUUCGAAGCAAACAAGACCAAGCGCGCGCUCAUGCCCCGCGACUUCGAAUUCCUCAAGCUCAUCGGCCGCGGCACGUUCGGCCGCGUGUUCCAGGUGCGCAAGAAGGACACGAAGCGGAUAUAUGCUAUGAAGGUCCUCUCGAAGCGCGAAAUUAUUGCGAAGAAGGAGGUUGCGCACACGAUUGGCGAACGUAAGAUCCUCCAGCGUUCGCUCGACUCGCCUUUCCUCGUUGGUCUCAAGUUUAGCUUCCAAACGGACACGGACUUGUAUCUGGUCACGGACUUCAAGAGUGGCGGUGAACUCUUCUGGCACCUGCAAAGGGAAACUCGGUUCAGCGAAGAACGGGCUAGGUUCUAUGUUGCCGAGUUGAUCUUGGCCCUCGAACAUCUACACAAGUAUGAUAUUGUAUAUCGGGAUCUCAAGCCAGAAAACAUCUUGCUCGAUGCGACAGGUCACGUCGCUCUUUGUGACUUUGGGCUCUCGAAGCCAGAUCUCCGGUCAGACGAGUUGACAAACACGUUCUGUGGUACUACGGAAUACCUUGCACCGGAAGUUCUUCUAGACGAGCAUGGAUACUCAAAGCUGGUCGACUUCUGGAGUCUAGGUGUACUACUGUUUGAGAUGUGUUGUGGCUGGAGUCCAUUCUACGCGGAGGAUACACAGCAAAUGUACAAGAACAUCUGCUUCGGGAAAAUUAAAUUCCCCAAGGGUGUCAUCUGUGAGGAUGGGAAGCAGUUUGUUAAGGGGCUCCUGAACAGGAAUCCCAAGCACCGAUUAGGUGCGCAACGAGAUGCCGCGGAACUCAAGGCGCAUCCCUUCUUCAAGACGAUCGACUGGGACGCACUCGCGCGCAAGCAAGUUACGCCCCCGUUCAAGCCCAGUGUUGAGUCCGACGAGUCCGUGGCGAACUUCGACCCGGAGUUCACCUCCGCGGACAUGCGUGAGGCCGGGCUGGAUGACAUGGACCUUGACGAGGAGGACCCGUCGGAGGACUGGGUCGCGCGCACGUCGAGCGCGAUAGUCGGCUCCCUGCACACGCCCAACGGGCCCCUGGGCAGCGACAAGCCCAUGGGCACGCUCCCCACGCCGCCGGCGCCUGCGGGGAUCCAGAUCGCGCCGAAGAAAAAGAAGAAGCGCAACGUCGCAGAGAGCCCCCUGACGAACAGCGUGCAGGAGAACUUCCGCGGGUUCACGUACCACGGCGAGUCUGUCAUGCCUGCCGCGGUGGGCAUGCUCGCGGAGGCGGGGCGGCCGGUGGAGGAGGAUGCGGUGACCCCGACGAGCGAGGUAGAUGUCACGGACGACGAGCUGGACGAGACGCCUGUGGGUCGGUACGCGCACAGAGGAAACGGUCACGUCGACGGCUUCGAUGAAGAUCUUUCCAUGUGAAUGCUCCUGCUCGCUACUGCUGCUUACCAUCAUCGUCCAACACACCCAUCACCCCCGGGCCUCACACUCGCAACACCCAUCAUUAUUUAUUUCGUCCGGCUCGCCGACUGCUCCUGCUCCUUGACGCCGUCAAUCACCAAUCUCAAAUUUCCGCAUAUACUGCAACUCAUCAGAGAGACAUACAAUAUGGACCGGACUGCCGGCUUUUACUGCAUUUUAUGGCCCACACCCUCCCACAUUCUCCAACGCUUCAUAUGCUUUUUUCUCCUCUUUUAACAGUCAGUCACGAACCGGCCUCUCAGUGCUCGCUAGACAUUUGGGUCUUCGAGGGUGCAUCAUACGGAAGUAGAGGGCGCGCAGUGUGUGCAUGCAGUAUUCGGUGCACCGUUUACAAUCGCUAAGUCGAUGCGUCUAUGGGUUUCUCAAUGUGUAUUCUACCUGCCUCCCCAUAUGAUAGUGUAAUAUGAAAUUCGGAAUUUUGAGGUAUAUCA